UAUUGUAAAAGAUGUUAUAUGAAUUUAUUUUAGGAAUAGUGAUUACCAACACCAAAUACCUAAACUCAGUUCAUAAAGUUUUAAAAAGGGAUAUUGUUAUGUUAUUGAACUGCUCACUUUCUCAUUGGGGUCUCAGCCACGACACAAAAAGCAAACCCGCUACAACUAUUCCUCUAUCAACUAACAACUACUGCAUCCUCUUCCCCUAACCCCCAUAUCUUUAUGACUUCAUAGUUUUUUCUUUUUUCUUUUCUUCUGAAAGUCAAUCUCUUACCUCUGUUGCAUUCCAUACUCAUCUCUUUAUGAUAUUUAUUAUUGGACCUUUUCCCUUUCCUUAUAUGUUGACCUUCUCGUUUCUCAAUAUCAGCUUAUCUCUUCUUCAUUCAACUAUCCCUCUUAAUUUUCUCAGAAUGGCAACUGAAGGUAUUUGACUAAAGUGUUGUGUUCUCAUUUUAGAGUCUCUUAUCUCUCAUUUUUCACCCUUUUCGAUGCUUUCUAGCAAUAUUCAUAUUCAUGCAGCACAUACCAACUCAUCUCCAACGCAUGCCUUGCCAUGCAACCAUCCAUCCCUUCCAUACUUCCAUCUUCACAUUUACACACAUCAAGAGAACCAUAAAAGCCUUACUUUUACACUGCCUUCAUCUACAUCACUAGGAAGAACAACUUUUGUUGCAACUUGAAACCAAACAAUCCUCACUCUCUGGCCAAGUUUGUGAGUGAUUGAAAGUUGCAAAAUAGAGCAACCCAAAUGCCACAAAUGAUGAAGUUUUCAACUUUUGCAAUUGUGUUCCUUUUGUGUUUUUCUUCUAUGCUACUAGUCCUUGGUCAGGUCAACUCAGACAGUGAGAGUACUUUGAGAGUGUUGUUGGAAGUGAAGAAGUCUUUUGUGGAAGACCCACAAAAUGUUCUGGGUGAUUGGUCAGAGGAUAACACAGACUAUUGCAGUUGGAGAGGGGUAUCAUGUGAAUUGAACUCAAACUCAAACACUUUAGAUAGUGACUCGGUGCAAGUAGUGGUGGCUCUCAACCUUUCUGACUCGUCACUCACCGGGUCAAUAUCACCUUCACUCGGUCGUUUGCAAAACCUGCUCCACCUUGAUCUCUCCUCCAACAGCCUCAUGGGUCCAAUUCCACCUAAUCUCUCCAACCUCACUUCAUUGGAAUCUUUGCUUCUCUUCUCCAACCAACUCACGGGUCACAUUCCAACUGAGUUCGGCUCGCUUACGAGUCUCCGAGUCAUGCGACUCGGUGACAAUGCACUAACAGGAACUAUCCCUGCGUCUCUCGGGAACCUAGUCAACCUAGUCAACCUUGGCUUGGCUUCAUGUGGAAUCACCGGGUCGAUCCCGAGUCAACUCGGUCAACUCAGUCUCUUGGAGAAUCUGAUUCUGCAGGACAACGAGUUGAUGGGUCCGAUUCCGACCGAGUUGGGGAACUGCUCAAGCCUCACCGUCUUCACUGCAGCCAGCAACAAACUCAACGGCUCAAUCCCGAGUGAACUGGGUCGACUCGGGAAUCUGCAGAUUCUUAACUUAGCCAACAACAGCUUAUCAUGGAAGAUUCCGAGUCAACUCAGUAAAAUGAGUCAACUCGUUUACAUGAACUUCAUGGGGAACCAGCUCGAGGGUGCUAUUCCACCGUCUCUGGCUCAACUGGGUAAUCUUCAAAAUCUGGACUUGUCAAUGAACAAGCUCAGUGGAGGAAUCCCAGAGGAGUUAGGCAACAUGGGCGACUUAGCUUACUUGGUUCUGUCUGGUAACAACCUUAAUUGUGUCAUACCAAGGACCAUAUGUUCCAAUGCAACAAGUUUGGAGCACUUGAUGUUGUCAGAAAGUGGACUUCAUGGUGAGAUUCCAGCUGAGUUGAGUCAGUGCCAGCAAUUGAAGCAACUUGAUUUGUCAAACAAUGCACUCAAUGGGUCCAUACCUCUUGAGCUUUAUGGGCUGCUCGGGUUAACUGACCUUUUGCUGAACAAUAACACUUUGGUUGGUUCCAUCUCUCCCUUCAUAGGUAACCUCAGUGGCUUGCAGACACUUGCUUUGUUUCACAACAAUUUGGAGGGUUCUCUGCCAAGAGAGAUUGGAAUGCUUGGUAAGUUGGAAAUUUUGUAUCUUUAUGAUAAUCAAUUGUCAGGGGCUAUUCCUAUGGAGAUUGGUAACUGUUCUAGCUUGCAAAUGGUUGAUUUCUUUGGGAACCAUUUCAGUGGGGAAAUUCCCAUCACUAUUGGAAGGCUGAAAGAGUUGAACUUCCUUCACCUCAGACAGAAUGAGCUUGUGGGUGAGAUUCCAUCCACCUUGGGUCAUUGUCAUAAGCUGAACAUUCUGGAUUUGGCUGACAAUCAGCUCUCAGGUGCAAUUCCUGAAACGUUUGAAUUCCUCGAGGCGUUGCAACAGCUCAUGCUCUACAACAAUUCUCUUGAAGGUAACCUCCCUCACCAACUGAUAAAUGUAGCAAACUUGACCAGAGUGAAUCUCUCAAAGAACAGAUUGAAUGGUAGUAUUGCUGCAUUGUGUAGCUCUCAAUCAUUUCUUUCUUUCGAUGUUACCGACAAUGAAUUUGACGGUGAAAUUCCUUCCCAAAUGGGGAACUCACCCUCCCUUCAGAGGCUGAGAUUGGGCAACAAUAAAUUCUCUGGUGAAAUUCCAAGGACAUUGGGAAAAAUCCUUGAGCUGUCGUUGUUAGACCUCUCUGGAAAUUCACUCACUGGACCAAUACCAGCUGAGCUUUCUUUGUGCAACAAACUGGCUUAUAUUGAUUUAAACAGUAAUCUUCUUUUUGGACAAAUACCAUCAUGGCUUGAAAAUUUGCCUCAGUUGGGAGAGCUGAAGCUUUCCUCCAAUAAUUUUUCUGGGCCUCUUCCAUUAGGCCUAUUCAAAUGUUCCAAAUUGCUAGUUCUCUCUCUAAAUGACAACUCUCUGAAUGGAAGUCUCCCAUCUAAUAUUGGUGAUCUUGCAUACCUUAAUGUCCUCAGACUUGACCACAACAAGUUUUCUGGACCAAUCCCUCCGGAGAUAGGUAAGUUGAGCAAGCUUUAUGAGCUCCGGCUCUCUAGAAAUAGCUUCCAUGGUGAGAUGCCGGCUGAGAUUGGAAAACUUCAAAAUCUCCAAAUCAUUUUAGACCUCAGUUACAAUAAUCUCUCAGGUCAAAUCCCACCUUCUGUUGGGACAAUGUCAAAGUUAGAAGCACUUGAUCUUUCCCACAAUCAACUCACUGGAGAAGUCCCUCCACAUGUUGGGGAAAUGAGCAGCUUGGGAAAGCUUGAUCUCUCUUACAACAACCUUCGAGGAAAAUUAGAUAAGCAGUUCUCGCGCUGGUCAGACGAGGCAUUUGAAGGAAACCUACAUCUUUGCGGAAGCCCUCUUGAGCGCUGCCGCCGUGAUGAUGCUUCUGGGAGUGCAGGCCUAAAUGAGUCAUCAGUAGCGAUAAUAUCUUCCCUUUCAACUUUAGCUGUAAUUGCUCUUUUGAUAGUUGCAGUGAGAAUCUUCUCCAAAAACAAGCAAGAAUUUUGCAGGAAAGGCAGUGAGGUGAAUUAUGUUUACUCUUCCUCUUCAUCACAAGCACAGAGAAGACCAUUGUUCCAACUAAAUGCUGCUGGAAAGAGGGAUUUCAGAUGGGAACACAUCAUGGAUGCCACGAACAAUCUUAGUGAUGACUUCAUGAUUGGUUCAGGAGGUUCAGGCAAAAUCUACAAAGCUGAAUUGGCCACUGGAGAGACGGUGGCUGUCAAGAAGAUUUCAUCGAAAGAUGAAUUUCUGUUGAACAAAAGCUUCUUAAGAGAAGUCAAGACCCUAGGGAGGAUUAGGCAUAGACAUCUGGUGAAGCUAAUAGGAUAUUGUACCAAUAGAAACAAAGAAGCAGGUUGGAAUCUGCUGAUAUAUGAGUACAUGGAGAAUGGGAGUGUAUGGGAUUGGCUUCAUGGGAAACCAGCCAAGGCAAGCAAAGUAAAGAGGAGAAUUGAUUGGGAGACAAGGUUCAAAAUUGCUGUGGGAUUAGCUCAAGGAGUGGAAUACCUCCAUCACGAUUGUGUCCCGAGGAUCAUUCAUAGGGACAUCAAAUCCAGCAAUGUAUUGCUAGAUUCCAAAAUGGAAGCACACUUGGGAGAUUUUGGACUGGCAAAAGCACUAACUGAGAAUUAUGACUCCAAUACUGAGUCCAAUUCUUGGUUUGCUGGCUCUUAUGGCUACAUAGCACCAGAGUAUGCAUACUCCCUACAGGCAACAGAAAAAAGUGAUGUUUACAGCAUGGGAAUAUUGCUUAUGGAACUUGUUAGUGGUAAAAUGCCAACAAGUGAAUUUUUUGGAGCUGAGAUGGACAUGGUGAGAUGGGUAGAGAUGCACAUGGAUAUGCAUGGCUCUGGACGUGAGGAGUUGAUAGAUUCUGAGCUGAAACCUCUUUUACCUGGCGAAGAGUUUGCUGCAUUCCAAGUGCUUGAGAUAGCCUUACAGUGCACGAAAACUACACCACUAGAGAGGCCAUCUUCAAGGAAAGCAUGUGAUCUUCUCCUCCAUGUAUUCAACAACAGGAUGGUGAAGUUUGAGAAGAUGAAUUUGGAUCAUUACAAAUGAAUUUGUUUUCAGAGGAUUGAAAUAAAUCCUUAGCAUUAUGGAAAAUCUAUGUCUACAAUACCUUCUUUUUCACAUUAUUUAGACCUUUGUGUAAAGAGACAUUGGCAUAGUUACUGCAAACUGACAGCCAAAUUGGUAACACGUAUUAUUAAUUUUCAAACAUUUAUGAGGAAAGCUCCUUGUUUAAUUCCUCAGUGGGGAUGCUGAUCAGCUCUUUAAGUUAUCAU